UUCAUCCCCUCCAGCUCCCUGGUGGCCACCCUGCCGCUGGCCCCCCUCCCUGCUCUCCUCUGCCGGCUCCUGCAGCCUCCUUGGGCCGGGCCCAGUGCCCAGCCUGGCCGCCCUCCCUGGCUCCCCAAGACAGCUUGGCUGGCCCCGCCCCCACCCCCUUCUGCCUGCCUCUGAUCCGCGGUGUCCCCGGGUUGCCAGGCAGAGGUGCAGUGGCGGCGGCAUGGGGGUAGGCCAGCACAGCAGGUCCGGGGCGGCGGCCGCCCCCUACUAGGCCGCGUGGAGGGGGCGCCCCCGCCCAAUGGGCUUGGCCAGAGCCUUACGCCGCUUGAGCGGCGCCCUGGAGUCCGGUGAGGGCCGGGCAGGCGACGAGGAGGCGGCCGGGCCGGGUCUGUGCGGCAACGGGUGGGCUCCGGGCCCGGGGGCGGCCGCGGGGCGGCGGCGCGGGCGCUUCGUCAAGAAGGACGGCCACUGCAACGUGCGCUUCGUCAACCUGGGCGGCCAGGGCGCGCGCUACCUCAGCGACCUGUUCACCACGUGCGUGGACGUGCGCUGGCGCUGGAUGUGCCUGCUCUUCUCCUGCUCCUUCCUGGCCUCCUGGCUGCUCUUCGGCCUGGCCUUCUGGCUCAUCGCGUCGCUGCACGGCGACCUGGCCGCGCCGCCGCCGCCCGCGCCCUGCUUCUCGCAGGUGGCCAGCUUCCUGGCCGCCUUCCUCUUCGCGCUGGAGACGCAGACGUCCAUCGGCUACGGCGUGCGCAGCGUCACCGAGGAGUGCCCGGCCGCCGUGGCCGCCGUGGUGCUGCAGUGCAUCGCCGGCUGCGUGCUGGACGCCUUCGUCGUGGGAGCCGUCAUGGCCAAGAUGGCCAAGCCCAAGAAGCGCAACGAGACGCUGGUGUUUAGCGAGAACGCCGUGGUGGCGCUGCGCGACCGCCGCCUCUGCCUCAUGUGGCGCGUGGGCAACCUGCGGCGCAGCCACCUGGUGGAGGCCCACGUGCGGGCCCAGCUGCUACAGCCUCGGGUGACCCCAGAGGGCGAGUACAUCCCCCUGGACCACCAGGACGUAGAUGUGGGCUUCGACGGGGGCACCGAUCGCAUCUUCCUCGUGUCGCCUAUCACCAUUGUGCACGAGAUCGACUCAGCCAGUCCACUCUAUGAACUGGGCCGCGCUGAGCUGGCCCGGGCUGACUUCGAGCUGGUGGUGAUUCUGGAGGGGAUGGUGGAGGCCACGGCCAUGACCACCCAGUGUCGCUCCUCCUACCUCCCGGGUGAGCUGCUGUGGGGCCACCGCUUUGAGCCAGUCCUGUUCCAGCGUGGCUCCCAAUACGAAGUUGACUACCGGCACUUCCAUCGCACAUACGAGGUCCCGGGGACGCCGGUGUGCAGCGCCAAGGAGCUGGAUGAACGGGCAGAGCAGGCAUCCCCCAGCCCCAAGUCCAGCUUUCCAGGCUCGUUGGCUGCGUUUUGUUAUGAGAAUGAACUUGCUCUGAGCUGCUGCCAGGAGGAAGAGGAGGAUGAGGAGGAUGAGGAGGGUGGGGCCGAGGCGGAAGACGCGGCUGCGAGCCCCCGAGUGCUCACACCCACCCUUGCACUCAGCCUACCUCCAUGAUAUGAGCUCCUUCCUCCACCCCCACAAGGUCCUUCCCAGAAACUGCAAGCUGGAAGGAUGGGGGUUCUUUCUGGGGCCAGGCUAGGUACUACCACACACAGACAAAACAAUGGUGGGGCCCAUUUCAGCACAUGAGGCUCUGCCAUGCCUAGGAAAAUCUCCAGGGACAUACUGAACCUUAAUUUCUCCACAUUCUGAGAUCCCUCCUGAGAAUCCCCCACCCCGACAUAACUUAUCAGUCUUGAUUCCUGAAUCCCAGCAGGCUCAGGGAUCUAGCAAUCUGGACCAUUUAAGAGACGAAGACUGGCGCUUCUAUAUUCUUCAUAUUCUUCUAUGAGACUGGCUUGAGUUGUGACCUGGGGCCAGGUGUCAGCCUUCCUCUGGGGAAGGAAGCUGGAACUUCUGGGGCAGCAGGGGAACCAAAUGUUUGUCAUCCUUGAUCUGAGAUUCUGAGGGAUGUUGCUUCUGUUAUCUGUUUGUUUGUUUUGUUGUUGGUGGUGGUUUGGUUUUGGGGACCAUAUGGGAUGCUUGCAAUGGAACCCGUUAGCUGCAUGCAAGUCAAGUGCACUCCCCACUCUGCUCUCCUCUGGCCCCAAUGUUGCUUCUGGAUGCGCCUAAUUAAGAAGUUAAUGUUUGUUCUCUCUCAACUUCUUAAAAUGAGACAUCUCCAGUAUUCCAGACUCUCUUGAUUUCAAGGAUGAUUGUGGACAACACAUCAUGAAAAGACCUUGAAGUUCCUGAAAGCCCAACUCAAGAUUCUGUGAUUCUAGAUUAAUCUCAUUGGUGAGCACAGUUGAUUCUAGAACUGGUAUCUUGGACCUCAGUUGAACUGCCUCAGAAAUCUACGAAUGCACAAUGAGUCUUGAAGGACGGAGAGGUUAGGGCUUCUUGGUGUUAGGUCAUUCCCAGACCACGGUGGUAGAACAUUCCACCAAGAAGCUAACUGCUACUUCCAAAUAAUCCAAGAGUUUUAAGUGCCAUUCUAGAAUGUCCAAAGAAACGGAGAUUGCGUGACUCGAUUGAGCUUCGUAGUAAGCCAAGAAUGGCAAUUUUAAAUGUCUUGGGGUUGCUUCCACCUUGCCCCACAGAGUGGAGAAUCUUGAAGAUUCUAGAUGACUUUGUGGUUCCACAAUGCCAAAAGGAAUUGAGGUACCAAAGAGCCACAGGCAGACUCUGGAGCUGGACUCAGGCUCAGUAGGGGCUGAUCUAGAAGCUGAGGGUUCAAGGCUGAUCUUGUGGGUCACUAGGCUACUUUAUGGACAAGGAGAGAGGCCCAAGUCAGUGCUUGGAACCCUAUGGCCAGAGAUGUGUGUCCGUUUCUGAAAGAUGUUAUACAUACAUGUAUUAUAUAUGCGAUGUAUAAAUACAGAUAUCUAUUUUUCCCCUGGUUCCUUUAGGAGGGUUUAGGUUUUUAAGCCUGAGCUAAUUGUCAGGGAGCACUUUGCUGGGAUUCAGGAAGCUGUGCUCUGCACCCAACCACUCCAUCCACAUCACUAUUUCCCCAUCUUUUAAACAUGCGCAUCAGAACUUGCAAUUCUCUGGGCUCCUUCACCAGGGUGAUACCUCCCCUCACAGAGGAUGGCUUGGCAGGGAUCUG